UCAUCUAUUCAUCUCAGCUCUAACAGUCAGGACAGUAGAUUAAAGUAACUAAUAAACUAAUGAGUUAUAAGAAUAAAUGUGAGAAUAUAAAAUGAGAUUUCAGAAGCUUAUUGGACACCAGAACAGAACAGGAGACAGGAUGUAGAGUCUCGUGGCUGACGAAGUUAAACCGGAAAACAGCAGAAACAGAAGACUUUUUAUUCCACUAAGUGUCUGUUCACAUGUUCAGUGGAGGAUGUGUGUUAGACAUGGCAGAGUUCCUGAGUGGGUUUAAUCUACAGCUGAUGAUUGGUGUCAUCAGUCUGAGUCUCCUUCAGAACAUUUCAGCUGAUCUGUUAUCUGUUGAUCCUGGAGAAAACGUCACUCUGUUCUGUAACAUCACUAAUUAUUCAGAGAUAUCGUGGUAUCACAUGAACUCAUCAGGCGUGAGGCAGAUUAUAUCGACCACACAAGGGAAAGUGGGCAAACACUUUUAUACUGUUUAUAAUGAGGAUAAGAGUCACUUUACUAUAACAGAAAGCAGCAGUUCAGUCAGUUUAGUGAUUAUUGGAGUUAGAGACACAGAUCUGGGAUUUUAUUACUGUGGAGGUCGAAACAAGGAACACAUUCAGUUUGGGAAAGUCAUCAGUCUGAACUUUACAGGUGGCAGCAGAAAUGAGACUCGUUCUUCAUCAGAGGAUUCAGAUUCACAGCAGACUGGAGGAACUGAGAACAUCUGGAUUAUACUUAUGACCAUAAUGUGUGUGUGCUCCAUCUCUGUCCUAAUAAUCAUCAUCUGCAUGUGUGUGUUCUGCAGCAGGGUAGAAGGAAAAUUAUCAUCAUCAUUAUCAUCAUGCUGCAGUCACGACACCAGCUCCACUGAACAGGACGAAAAGAUUCAUCAUGACAGUUUGCUGUAUGACAGAAAGUUCACAGGAUCUGUUAAGAACAACAAAGCUUCAGAUUUGGACUGUGUGACUUACGUAACCUUCACCUCACAGCCGCAGAGACACUGACCUACAGGCAGGACUGAGAAGUAAAACCCUGGAGAUCCAUCCUCAUGUCAUGAUCUUGAGAUUAAUCUGGAGAACUCUCAGAUCACAUGGACUCAUGUACUAGAUCAGACUUACUUUUCUAACUAACCUAAUAAAAAUGUAAAUACUAAAUACUAGACUAAAAAUUCUGUCAGUUUGUGGUUAUUUCUAAUUAUAUACAGAUGGUCUUAAUUUAAUUAAGACCUAAAUUAAACAGUUAAAUAAUAUUUAUGGUG